AUGGGGCUACUCGAUGCAGAGCUGACUGUCGUUCCUUCAGAGCCUCCAGAAACAGUUGAUCCGGCCGUGGAUGUGAUUGAGGGGGAGGUGGACGGCAUGGGGCUACUCGAUGCAGAGCUGACUGUUGUUCCUUCAGAGCCUCCAGAAACAGUUGAUCCGGCCGUGGAUGUGAUUGAGGGGGAGGUGGACGGCAUGGGGCUACUCGAUGCAGAGCUGACUGUCGUUCCUUCAGAGCCUCCAGAAACAGUUGAUCCGGCCGUGGAUGUGAUUGAGGGGGAGGUGGACGGCAUGGGGCUACUCGAUGCAGAGCUGAUUGUCGUUCCUUCAGAGCCUCCAGAAACAGUUGAUCCGGCCGUGGAUGUGAUUGAAGGGGAGGUGGACGGCAAGGGGCUACUCGAUGCAGAGCUGACUGUUGUUCCUUCAGAGCCUCCAGAAACAGUUGAUCCGGCCGUGGAAGUGAUUGAAGGGGAGGUGGACGGCAAGGGGCUACUCGAUGCAGAGCUGACUGUUGUUCCUUCAGAGCCUCCAGAAACAGUUGAUCCGGCCGUGGAAGUGAAUGAGGGGGAGGUGGACGGCAUGGGGCUACUCGAUGCAGAGCUGACUGUUGUUCCUUCAGAGCCUCCAGAAACAGUUGAUCCGGCCGUGGAUGUGAUUGAGGGGGAGGUGGACGGCAUGGGGCUACUCGAUGCAGAGCUGACUGUCGUUCCUUCCGUUCCAGGAUUCGUGGAAGUACCAAUAGUUGUUGCUUGA